CUUGUCCGCGUCGACUCUGCAUCUCUCUUCUUGGUCAAGAGCAGGCCUUCCUCGCUGCCGUCUGACCGCCCUCCUCUCGUGUGUCUCUCCUGCAACAGCGAGAAGCCCCCGCUGCAGGGAGCUGCUGUCCGAGGCAUAAAUGCAGCUUUUUGCGCGCUCUCUCGACGCUGCUUUCGCUUUCUUCUCGCAAGACAAAUACGGUCUGUGAAUCCUCGGCCGGUCGCUUCCUGCUUGCCGAAGGCUCUGAGCAAACCGCGGUUCUUCGACCGCCUCGCCGGCGCACAGCGCUGUCUUUCUCCGUUGACCUGAUGUAAAAAUUUCUCGCAAAGACAAUUGACGUGACGACACUCUCUCUAGGCAUCGAGAGCAAACGAACGUCUCCAGUCUCUAAAAACGAGCAACCGAGAAACGAAAAAAAUACAAAAAAAGCACCGAUACACAGAGCGGUUCAAACACCCGCCCACAUGCAUAUAUAUAUAUAUAUAUAUAUAUAUAAGUGUAUAUAUAUAAGUGUAUGUAUAUAAGUGUAUAUAUAUACGUGUAUAUAUAUAUAUAUAUUGUUUUCCUCGGCCUCGUUGUCUGUGAUUUCUUUCUCGCGCAUGGAGGUGAUGGCAUGCUUUGAGCUGCAGCUUUUUUUCUGCUUCCAAGCUGCGAAUGAGGACCCACAGUUCGUCUCGCGGCGACUCUAAGUUUUCGUAGAAAGGACGAGAAGGGAAGCAUCUCAGAGUUACAGUUCUCGUCUCUCCCUCUGUCUUCUGUCUCUCUCUGCAUCUGCUGCUCUGGUUUGCUCCUUCUCUCGGCCUCUGUUGCCCUGGCUUCCUCCUCUUUCUCUCCUCUCUCUCAAGAUGGAGGAGUUGAUUCCUGUGGUCAAUCGCCUGCAGGACGUUCUAGCGUCUCUGGGGGCUUCUGCGUCGGGACCGGUACUGGAUCUCCCGCAAAUCGCCGUUGUCGGCGCACAGAGUGUGGGGAAGUCUUCUGUGCUCGAGGCUCUCGUCGGCAGGAGCUUCCUCCCCAGAGGCACAGGCAUCGUCACUAGAAGGCCUCUCAUUCUUCAGCUGCGCAACGCGAGUGACUUGCAGGAAGAGUUCGGGGAGUUCCUGCACUGCCCGUCGCGCAAGUUUACCGACUUUGAAGAAAUCCGGAGAGAAAUCGAGAGAGAAACAGAACGCGUCGGAGGACAGAAGAACAUUUCCCCGUCGCCGAUCGUUCUCAAGGUCUCUUCUCCGCAUGUCAUUGACCUCACUCUCGUCGACCUCCCCGGCAUCACGAAGGUGCCUGUCGGGGAUCAACCGUCAGACAUCGAAGCACAGAUUCGGCGAAUCGUGUUUCAGUUUAUUUCUGAACCGUCGACGAUCAUCCUCGCCGUCACUGCCGCCAACACAGACAUCGCAAACUCCGACAGUUUGAAGAUUGCGAGAGAAGUUGAUCCGGAAGGCCUUCGGACAGUCGGUGUGGUGACGAAGGUCGACACGUUGGAAGAAGGUGCCGACUGCAGCGAGGUGCUCCGGAACAGAGUCAUUCCUCUCAAAAGGGGAUACGUAGGCGUCGUGUGUCGCGGCCAGCGCCAAGCAGCGGAGAUGUCGAUCCGCGACGGCUUGAAGGAGGAGGAGUCUUUCUUUCGCUCUCACCCCGCAUAUAGGGCGAUCGCCAGCAAACAAGGAAUUCCGUUUCUCGCGAAAAUGCUGAAUCAAAUUUUGAUGAAACAUAUCCGCGAGGCGCUGCCCGAGUUGAGAAGUCGGAUUUCUCGGCUUCUGCAGAAAACAGAGGCUGAACUCGCGACCUACGGGGAUCCGCUGCUCGAAGCGAAGGCGAAUCCCGGCGCGCUUCUUCUACAUUUCUUUUCGCGCUUUGCACGGAACUUCCAGGACGCGAUCGAAGGAAAACUGCAGGCGCACCAUUCGUCUGAGCAACUCAUGGGAGGGGCGAGGAUCAACUUCAUCUUCCACGAUUGGUACAGCCGAGCACUCGCCGAGUUCGACCCCCUGGAAGGCCUCUCGGACCAUGAAAUCCGGACGGCGAUUCGCAAUGCGACAGGACCGAAGGCAGCUCUCUUCGUCCCUGAGGGGGCCUUCGAGAUCCUUGUGAGGCGGCAAAUUCAACAGCUCGAGACUCCUUCUCUCCAGUGUGUGGAACAAGUCUACGAAGAACUCCAGAAAAUUGUUGCGAAAUGCGAAUUGCCUGAGAUGGCCAGAUUCAGCAACCUUCGAGAACGCGUGAUGGAUGUAGUUCGCGGCGUCUUGCGUCGCUGCCUCGCUCCGACCAAUCAGAUGAUUCACAACAUCAUUCAAAUCGAACUUGCGUACAUCAAUACGAACCACCCGGACUUCAUGAACAAUCGCUUCGGACCUUCUUCGCGCGAGUCCGCUGCACUGACGGCUCAUCCGCGCAGAUCUUCUGCAGAGAAAAACGGACCCCCAUCUGGCUCCCAUUCUCGAGGGUCUUCAGGCGUCGGAUCUUCGCUGUUUGCUUCCGAUGGGAGCACAACCAGUUCCGGCUCAGGCCCUCCUCCCAGUCCUCUCUUGACUCCGCCACCCCUCCUCUCCCAGGCGAACCAAGUAGCAGCGGCUGCCGCGGCAGCAGCAGGCGAGUCUCCAAGUGAACAAAUCACCAGCGCGGGGAUGCUGAAUCAGGGUGGCUUCUUCGCCUUUCUGAAGGGUGCCCGACCUUCUGCCUCUUCGUUUUUCCCCUCUGCCAGUCCAACCAGUUCCAAGGAGUUCUCUGAGCAGAGUUUGCCGGCUUCUGUCGACGCAGCCGCAUCUGCGCUCUCCUCUCAGAGGCCAGGACACAGCUCUGCCGACGGCGAAACGAACCGUGCUUUCUUUGGAGGCUCUUUUGCCGGCUCUGCUCUCGACCGCGUUCGAGCAUGUAGAAUUUCUCUCCCGCAAGUUCCCUCAAUCGUAGCGCCCUCGGAGGUCCCGUCUGAACGCGAGCAGAUCGAAACAGAUCUCAUCAAGAGUCUCAUCUGGUCGUACUUCCAAAUCGUCAGGAAAAACGUAUCGGACGCUGUUCCGAAGUCGAUCAUGUACUUCAUGGUCAACACGGCGAAAGAUGUUCUACAGCGCGAGCUCGUUGCUCAGCUGUAUCGAGAAGAGUUGUUCGGCGAGUUGAUGAAGGAGGCGGACGACGUCGCAGAACGACGCAUGCAGUGCAAGCAGCUUCUCAGAUCUCUGCGGGCGGCUGGAGAUGUUCUUUCUCACAUCCGAGAUUUCUCCCUCUCUGACGGCACCUCUUUCGCCUCCGCUUGUCGAUGAAUUUUUUUCUCAACGACUCUUUACUCAGGAAGAAGAGAAAACAGGACUGACAUCGCGUGCGAGGUGCAUGCGCUGGCCGCCUUUAUCCUUUCUCGCGUCUUCCUGUGUCUCCAGCUACUACUGUUCUCCGCUGGCGUGUCUGUAUGUCUCUCAUACGCCCGCAUGCAUACCUCGCCCAAGUCGCUCACAUUUCUCUUUUCGUAUAUUCAACUGUGCGACUCUCUCCUUAUCUGGCCUCGUAGCUACAUGCAGAGAGAGACGGAUUUGUGUAUACAUGCAUAUAGAUACAGAGAGAGAUCUGUGUAUCUACCUAUAUAAAUAUAUAUAUCUAUAUUUAUGUAUAUAUAUAUAUAUAUACGUAGGCAUAUAUGUUUUUUUUACGUGUACAUUUAUAUGUUAGGCGUUCUGCGUAUGAGUUCGCAUGAGAGGCGCUGGAGUUUUCAAGUGCGUCUAUUUCUUCUGCGUUGCAACUGGUAUGUUUCUCUGGAGAGCACAGUUUCCUUGAGUGAGUGAUCUGUGUGUGUGUUGCUUCCGAGUUUCCUUUUCUUCUCUCGCCUUUGCCGUUUCCAAAGUGACAGGGGAAAAGGAGAACAAAGCUGGAGUUGUUCCAGGACUUCUUGUGGCCGUCCCCUCUUCGUUCAAGGAGACAGUCUCGGCAUUCAAAUCGCAAUUUUAAAAAAGAUGCAGAGACAGGUCGACCGAUGUCUCAGAACCCGCAGGCACUUGGACAACAAGCGUGUACCGCCACAAAUCUACUUUACAUCUGUGUGAAUAUACUCGCAAUAAAGUCAGAGGAUAAAUUCGGAGACGUACUAAUAGUUAUCUGCCUAUGUGCGUGCGCAUAGCUGCUAUUUAUAUAUAUACAUAUAUAUAUAUAUACAUAUAUAUACAUAUAUAUACAUAUAUAUAUACAUAUAUAUAUAUAUAUAUGAAAAUGUUUUUGAGAGUAUGCGUACAUGCACGCAGUUGUGAAAAUAUAUGCAUUUUUACAUAUAUGUAUGCGUUUGUGUAUGUAGAGUCAGAGAAUAGGUUUUGAAAUCUCCUAAUUUCUUUUUAUUUCGGUGCAUGGGUCCACGACCCAGUUCCUGAAGUGUGGAGUGUCUUGUGUGCUUCACUGGAAGAAGAGCGCCUGCAAGUGGAGAAAACGAAGGAAGGUUCUCUCUCGAACAGAAGAAGGGAAAGAGACGCUGGGAGUGGAGGAGACGCAGCGACCUCGAGAGACACGAAGAGGACAGAACGAAGAACGAUUGAACCCACUACUGUUUCUUUGAGAAAAGAAAGCUCUGCUCUCAGAGAGGGAAGAGUGCCUGCUGUGAGAGAAGAGCCACUACGAAGAGCGGGAGAGCGUAACGCUGACACAGGCAGAGAGAUAACAAAGAUAUGGUGAAGAGGAAAAACAGAUAAGAACAGGGACACUAGAGACAGAGAACAAGACAUUUUGUUCCUUUUUGGAGUACCACUGGGCGUCCUGAGUUGACGGACAGGAAAAACGGUUUCAGCAAAGUCUCUCUUUCUCUGCAUGCAGAGUUGGAACACAGGAGACGCUGGAAAAAGCCGAGAUCGUUAUCAAAAAAAACAGUCACAAGUUUUUUUCCGUAUGAGGAAACGACUCCUGAAUCUUUUCGUCUCUUCCCCGUGGAGCACACCUCUUCUCGUUCUUCUCUCCUCGCUCGUUUUGCUCUUUUUUCUCCACUUUCUUCCCUGUAGUACUUUCUACUCCGUCAAACCGUUCCAGCUUCAACCUCCUUCAAAUUCGCCUCCGAGCAACGCAAGCCGGGACAUGCAGCAUGCAGACAUGCACGCACAU